ACCUCGUCUCUAACCGCACCAAAUACAAGAUUCAAGAACAUGGUUAUGUUUCCUUGUAUCUAUCCAGUGUGGGACUGGAAACAACUUUAGAGCCGGCACAAUCCUCGACCAAGCUCGGCAAAGAAGGGAAAAACGAUAAUGAUUGGAGAGAUUGGAAAAGUGGCAAAUGGAGAUAGCUAUCGAUUAUGUCUACCCUUCAACCUCCUAGUGAAGGAGAAUAUUGAUGGCAAGCUGUAAGUAUAGAAAGAUGGCGAGAAGCUAAAGAAAAUAUCAUCACAGAGAUGACAGAAAAGUGGAGAGGAAAAGGCACUGAAUCUCUCAAUCUUAGCCCUUUUUUGCAGAGAACAGAGACAGAGUAUCUGAGAGACGAAAGGCGAUAAACCAUUCCUCUUUUUUUUUUUUGGUGGGUGCAAAGCAAUAAGCACUCCAAGAAAAACAGUGGGCUUAUCCAAUCAUGUAAUAAACCCAUUUCUCCCCAGCCUGGUAAGGAGGAGAGGAGGGCCUUGAAAAUCUGCAGAACAAGCCGACAAUCUACUAUGGACAGUUCCCAAGCAGUUAAAACCCAUGAGCCACUGAGGAGCUGAGCUGAGCUCUUCAUCAUGUGGGAUUCCGAGAAUGAGUCCGUUGGUGGGCGAGAUUACGGGAACGGAGUCCUUAGCUCCACCAAGCAAGGCGUCAAGACGGAGGGAUUCGAGCUGAGAGACCAGUCCUGGUAUGUCGCCACAGACAUUCCAAGUGACCUUCUAGUUCAAGUUGGAAGUGUUAAUUUCCACUUACACAAGUAUCCCCUUCUUUCUAGGAGUGGAAAGUUCAACAGAAUCAUAUACGAAUCUCGUGACCCCGAAUUCAGUAAGAUAAUCUUGGAUGACCUCCCUGGUGGGCCUGAGGCCUUCGAGUUGGCUGCAAAGUUCUGCUACGGGAUUGCCGUCGAUCUCACAGCAGCUAACAUCUCGGGGCUAAGGUGUACUGCCGAGUAUCUAGAAAUGACAGAGGACUUGGAAGAAGGCAACCUCAUCUUCAAAACCGAAGCUUUCCUCAGCUAUGUCGUUCUAUCUUCUUGGAGGGACUCCAUAUUGGUAUUAAAGAGCUGCGAGAAGUUAUCCCCUUGGGCGGAGAAUCUCCAGAUUGUUCGGAGAUGCAGUGAGUCAAUAGCAUGGAAGGCCUGUGCUAAUCCCAAGGGUAUCCGUUGGGCUUACACAGGUAAGCCCCCAAAGGUUUCCAGCCCGAAAUGGAAUGACAACAUGAAGGAUUCGAGCCCGAGCAGGAACCAGCAAGUCCCUCCUGAUUGGUGGUUUGAGGAUGUCUCCAUCCUGAGGAUUGAUCACUUCGUUCGGGUCAUCACCGCCAUCAAAGUGAAGGGCAUGAGGUUCGAGCUGAUAGGAGCAGCUAUCAUGCAGUAUGCAGCGAAGUGGCUUCCAGGUCUGAUAAAGGAUGCGGCAGGAGCCGGGGAUGAUGGAGCUGGAAGCAACAGCGGUAGCAGUAACAGUAACAGUAAUAGCUGUAGUAGCAGUAGCUGGAAAGGCGGGCUCCACAUGGUGGUCGCUGGCACUGGCAGUAACGAAGAUCCUCCGAAUGUUCAAGCAAAGGAUCAGAGGAUGAUAAUUGAGAGCCUGAUAAGCAUAAUCCCACCCCAGAAGGACAGUGUCUCCUGUUCCUUCCUCCUGCGGCUCCUAAGGAUGGCAAUCAUGUUAAAGGUGGCUCCAGCUUUGGUUACUGAAUUGGAGAAGCGGGUGGGGAUGCAGUUUGAGCAGGCGACCUUAGCAGAUCUUCUAAUUCCUACAUACAACAAGAGCGAGACAUUGUAUGAUGUGGAUCUCGUUCAGAGACUCUUGGAGCAUUUCCUUGUACAAGAACAAAUGGAAGGUUCAAGUCCUAGCCGACAGUCAUUCUCGGACAAGCACGGGUAUGAUGGGGGCCUACGUGUUACUAAUCAGAACGCAAAGAUGAGAGUGGCACGGCUGGUUGAUAGUUAUCUCACGGAGGUAUCCAGAGAUCGAAACCUCUCACUGACAAAGUUCCAAGUGCUUGCAGAGGCCUUGCCCGAAUCUGCAAGAACGUGCGAUGACGGGCUAUAUCGAGCCAUAGAUUCCUAUCUUAAGGCCCAUCCGACACUCACUGAGCACGAGAGGAAGCGCCUAUGCCGAAUAAUGGACUGCCAGAAGCUAUCAAUUGACGCUUGCAUGCACGCAGCCCAGAAUGAGAGGCUUCCACUGAGAGUGGUAGUCCAAGUCCUCUUCUCUGAGCAGGUCAAGAUAAGCAACGCGUUAGCAAACAGCACCUUGAAAGAACAGGGCGAAAUGAACUAUCAGCCCAUGAUCUCGAACCGGAAGACCCUCCUUGAAGGGGCCCCACAGUCGUUCCAGGAAGGGUGGGCUGCUGCAAAGAAGGACAUCAACACGCUCAAGUUCGAGCUCGAGAGCAUGAAGGCCAAGUAUCUUGAACUGCAGAAUGAUAUGGAGGUCCUUCAGAGACAGUUUGAUAAGAUGGCAAAGCCGAAGAACUCGUCGGCUUGGACCAGUGGGUGGAAGAAACUGAGCAGACUUACAAAGAUGUCGGGUUUAGAGAAUCAGGAGAUGGGGUCUCAGAUCCCCGGGGCCGGUGCUGCUGCAGAUCAUACCAGGAAGACUCCAAGGAGGUGGAGGAAUUCGAUUUCCUAGAUAAAAGGUUUCCAGGAAGAACACUUUUUCGAUCUUUCAGGAGUCCUCAAUUUCAUGUUGCCCGUGUCUUUCUUUCGGACCCUUUCGACAAUGUCUUGGGUUCCUUCUCAUACACUUCUUUGUUUCAAACAUUUACGCAGCAGUUAGUGUCAUCAAGAGUUGUGUCCUCUGUGAGCUUCUUCUUCUUCGUCUUCUUCUUGUCAAUGUCCGUCCCGCACCCGCACCCUCACCCCAACAACCCCCUCAAUUUCUCGUAAUUGUUUUGUAGAAUAUGAUCUACAGUUGAUAAUUUCAAAUUUGUGACUUGAAAUUGCA